AUGGCGAAUCCCCUGGCGGAAGCUAACCUCAUCAAAGUCAAAUACGCCUUUCAGAUCGUCUCGGAGGCCGGCCUGUGCUUGGGCAUCAAGGCCAAGGAUGGCGUCCUCAUAGCCGUAGAACGAUCAAUGGAGUGUCGAAACACUCCGUCCCAGAAGAUAUUCCAGGUGAAUGACAAUGUGGUCUGUGCCGUGACGGGCGUCCAAUCGGACGCCUCCCUUCUGAUGAAGCAGGCGCUCAUGAGUGCCGAACGCUACGAAAGUCGCCACAGGCGACCCAUGUCCUGUGCAGAGGUGGCAUUCGAGCUGAGUGAUGCGAAGCGCACCUACAACCAGGCCGACCAACUCUGGACCUUGGCCGUAUCCAUACUCUACAUGGGCUGGGACGCCAAAUGCUGUUAUCAACUGAUACAGUCUCAUCCCAACGGCUCCUACACUGGCUGCAAGUCGGCAUGCAUUGGAAACAAAUUCGACAUUGUAUCGGCCAUGCUGAGGCAGGAGUUGUGCGGCAUUGAAGCCAUCACCUUGGAGGAAGCCAAACAGCUGGCCAUCAAAGUUCUGAGCAACAGCUUCGCCGACUUUUCAGCAGCCAACUACGAAAUAGCUACUUUGCAGCGUGCUCGCAGUAGAACGGUCUACGAUGUGCUGCGAGGCGCCGAUGUGAACAAGCUAAUUAGGUAG